AUGGGUCUUGCAGACUACAUGAGUGAGAACGUGAGCAACAAUGCCCAGAACUGGCAUCAAUGGGAGCCCGAUCAUGAGCCACCCACGGACGGUAAACCCGACGACGUGGACGUGAGUUGCGCCACCGACGACGAUUCACGGACGCCGCAGGCUCUGCCGACACUCGACGGUCUUCGGCAACGUUCGCCUUCGUCUUCAUCAAAUGUACCCGCGGUGCUGGCACCACUCAAUCACCACAAUCAACUGACGCGGUUCAUGGCCAAGCAAACACUCGGCUACAUUCCCAAACUCAGUGUACGUAGCCCUGAGCGUAGCCCCGAGCGCACGACGUCACCACCCAGUGCCGUCUACGGUGGUAUGCUAAGAGAAGGAGGUGUCUUCAAUUUAGACAAUUCACAUGGUAAUGGCGGUACCUCGCCAUCCUUUCGUUUACCAAGUCUUACACCUCCAUUAUCUCCACAAAAGUGGGCAAGUACGUCGCCGCAUUCCAACAAGGAGGACACCCGGACGACUGAAGAAACACGGCCAAGUCUACCAGCUUUUGGACAAAGCAGUAGCGUCCUUCAACGGUCCGGCAGCUUCUCCGAGAUCUGUCCGUCACCCAUCCCGCCACUCAAGCGGCAGUACACACAGGAAACGAGUAUCAUGUCUAUCGCUGAUCUGUGUCAACCCUUCCGCUAUAUGCGCUCGUCAUCAUGUCCCUCCGAUACAAACCCGGGCGUAGCAGCAGGACCUAACUCCACUAGGCCAUUGGAGAAGGUGGUCUUACCUGCCGCUGAGCAUAGCUGGAAACUGACCAUUGACCCACAGACCUACGUGCGGACACAAUCCGGUAGCAAUGACGUCGUCACACUGCGUGGAAGUCUACCCCAUCGUGAAACCUCGUCACGAGAUGACGGCUUCCAGCGCCAUCGGUUGGAGCGCAGCACUUCUAUGGAUGCACCCACGCUGGUGCGCCAUCUCAAGCGGACGGCUGCCGAGUCUAUUGACCUGACGCAGUGGCUGGACCGACCGGUUCGGAGCUCUUUAAGCUCACUAGCCGAUCCGGUCGACUCGAUGAACCAACUCGAGCAAGCCGGUCGCUCUAUGCGCAUCUCGGACUCCCCUCGGUCCGACACUGUGGAGGCGAACGAGGCCAAGCGCGAGAAAAAGCUCUGUGCUUUUCCUCAGUGUGCUAGCAACGCUGUGACCCGAGGACUGUGCAUUAGCCACGGUGGAGGCCGUCGAUGUCAACGAAAGGGGUGCACGCGUGGUGCACAGAGCAAGGGGCUGUGUGUGGCUCACGGUGGCGGCCGCAUCUGCCGUGCCACGGGGUGCUCCAAUAUCCAGCGCAGCAUGGGACUUUGUAUCCGCCACGGCGGAGGCAGACGCUGUAGCGUCAAGGGCUGUCAGAAGGGUGUGGUGCGACAAGAUCUGUGCACUGCUCAUGGCGGUAAGCGCAAGUGUCGUGUAGCUGACUGCACCAAGCACGUGAAGAAGAAAGGUCUGUGCCGAUCGCAUGCUAACUCACUCUAUGGUACGUCGGGCUCGAGUUGA